AUGACUGAGGCAGAUGGUGAAGAAGAUGUGCGGCUAAUGAGCCGCGAGGAGCGCAUCGCAAGCUAUCGUGAGCUUGUCGAAGGCCUUGAUGACAUUCUUGCCUCACACGACGCUGACGGUGACCACGAUGGCGAGGAUGCGAUGCAGAUGGCAGCACUGGUGGAGGAGGUAGAGGUGCAGCUGCGCACCCUCGCCCAGCUGCUGAACGACGAGGAGACGAUCCAGGUCACUCCGGGGCUCAUGAGGAAAGUGGAGAAGUCUCCCGAGACCGGAGAGUUGCUGACCGCCAUAGUCUACCCCCCAUUUAGCACGUCCACUGCAGCUUCGUCGUCAUCGGCGUUGCUUCCCGCGCCGUACGAGGUGCUCUUUGACGAGCGUGAGUGGUACCCGUGUGUGAUCACCGGCGUCGUGCCGCCGGCCAAAGAUGUUGACCGGGUUCAGUACAAGGCGUGGAUCUUGGGCCACAACGUGGAGGAGGUCGUGUACAGUGAGGCGCUGCGGCCCUGGCAACCAACCGCCUCCACCAGUGACAUUCAAGGCGGGGUGAGCUGCCACGUCAUUCAUCCACAGACCGGGCGGUAUGUGGAGGGCGUUGUGGACCGACUGACGCUGGAAGAGACAGUGCUCGUGAAGGUACCCGCGGCACCGUCUAUCUCCACCACGGUAUCAACAUCACCUUCAACAGCCACCACCACCACCACCACCACCGUGACGGUGCCGCUGUCCCAUGUGCGAGUCGGCAAGUUCUACUCCCAGCUGCGUCACCGCCCCAAGACAGAGGAGGAGCGGGCGGCACGGCGAGUCGAGCAGGCUCGACUGAAGCGCGAGCGGGUGGCACAGCAGCGGCAACUGGCAGCAGACAAGGUCGCAAAGGAUGCGGAUGACUGGCAGGCACUCAUAGGGGACAUGAUGGGCAUGGACAGUGGUGGCGGCGGUGGUAAGAAGCACAAGCGGCGGCGCACUCAAUGA